CACGUGACGGAGAGCGCCGGACAUCCACGAGGAUUUGUCCAUUUGCCGAUUUACCAGCUCAUGUCGACGAUGGCUCCCGGUGCUGCGACGACCAACGCGACCUCCAUCACGACGCUCGCGACGACCAAGUCGGUCCGCACCAAGGACGACCACCUCAACGACACGGAGAAGCUGGAGAAGAUGGCCGCGGCCGUCAAGGUGCUUCUCGAGUGCUUGGGCGAAGAUGUCAACCGCGAAGGCCUCGUGAAGACGCCGAUGCGCAUGGCCAAGGCGCUCCUCUACUGCACCAAGGGCUACACGCAGACGCUGGAAGACGUCUUGAACGACGCUGUCUUCACCGAAGAUUACUCGGAGAUGGUCAUUGUCCGCGACAUUGAGCUCUACUCGCUCUGCGAGCACCACAUGGUGCCGUUCGUGGGCAAGGUGCACAUUGGCUACAUCCCGAACGGCAAGGUCCUCGGCCUGAGCAAGCUCGCGCGCAUCUCGGACGUGUUUGCCCGCCGCCUCCAGGUCCAGGAACGUCUCACGAUCGAGAUCGCGCAGGGUCUCAUGAAGGCCAUCGGUGCGCUCGGCGUCGGCGUCGUGAUUGAAGCCACGCACAUGUGCAUGACGAUGCGCGGUGUCGAGAAGAGCGGUGCGUCCACGGUCACGAGCUCCGUACUCGGCUGCUUCCAGUCGGACCCGCGCACACGCUCUGAGUUUAUGAGCCACGUCCAGCGCCGGUUCUAAGCUGCCCCUUGUCGUCGUAACGAGUCGUAACUAUGUCUGUGCAAGACAUCCAAAUGCAAUCAAUCCAAUGCAUGUAUUUCUACUCUCUCC